AUGGCACUAGUAUCAUAUUCAGAUUCUGAAGGCUCAGAUUCAGAAUCUACACCUGAGUUACCCAAGAAGAAGAAAGCAGCUCCCGCUACACUUUCCACUACCCUCGAGCCGAGUUUCCAAAGCCUCACUGAUCGAGGGAAUCGGCGCAAGAUCCUCGUGAGCCUGCCCGACGCAGACAAACAUACUACGUCUGAUGCUCAGCGAAAUGACGGCGACGAUAACGGCGAUGAUGGUGACGGUCCUGCGAGAAAACGUCCCAGAAUAGGUACUCAGAGCGGUGGCGGCGGUGCGUUUUCGUCCUUCAACUCUUUACUCCCGGCACCGAAGCGGAAGGGACCGGUUAGGCCUGGAAUGGAUAAGAAGGGUGAUGGAACGGGAGCGCCUGUACGCAAGGUUUUUGCCUUGAAGACGGGGCCGGAACCGGGGUUUGACCGGCAAGCUGACCACCAGAUGAGGUGGGAUCUUAGUAAUGGGGAUGUUGAUUCUGGGGCAAUUGGGGGGGUUGUUAGGGAUGGAAGGGAUGGUGCAUUUGGCGAUGGGAUAACUGAAUCUACCAAAGAGAAGGUUGAGAAACUGGCUGUUAAGCCGAAGGGAAAUGCGAUGAUGUUCAAGCCUUUGUCUGUGGCUAGGGCUACGACCAUGAAGAAGGCUAUGAGGAAAACGGCGAUGUCGCUACCUGGGACUACGUCGCCGUCGGGAGCUGGAGGGAGGCCAGCGACUGAAACAGCAUUAACACUUGGGCAGGGAAAAGCUGAAGAUACCAUAUCUAAUGCGGGCCCGAAGCCAAAAGUUAGUCUCUUUGGGCUUGGGAAGGAAGAUGAACAAGCCCCGUCCGUUUCACAGCCCUCCUCCAGCCCGUAUGUACCUUUGGUAUACAGCACGACAGAUCCCUCUACUACUUCAACCAUUGAAUCCUCCGGACUCACUGACCCCACCGUACCCGCCGAAACCACUGAACCCGGACCCCAAAAUCAACCACAAACCCUCGCCAGCAUAGCCGAUGAUUUGAAUCUCACCCCUGCUCAGAAACGUCAGCUGUUUGGCCGUCAAGGCCUCUCCAUAUCCUCAUCAAGUGCCACUGGUGAAAAACAAUCGAACCCUAACAUCAUAACCUUCAACACAGAUCAAGAGUACUCCUCCAACAACGCAUUCCUAUUGUCAGCAUCUGACGCAGAACUGGCUGCCCAGCAACACAACCCCGUUCGCUCAAUUGCGCCGGGUAAGCACAGCUUGCAGCAGCUGGUUAAUGCGGUAAGUAAUCAGCGCGAUGCACUGGAGGAGAGCUUUGCAGCUGGCAAGAGGAAUAAGCGAGAGGCGGGGAGUAAGUAUGGAUGGUAA